AUGCGUUGCGGCGCCUCUCAGAGUCUCACUCAGCGCGGAGCGCCGAGCAUUCGCGGCCCGACGCUUGCGAGGCACGCACGGUGCCUACGCACUCGCCGCAGCGCGCGCAAACUUGAACCAUUCCAGUGCAGAACGGCCGUCAGCCAUGAGGGUCUGCACGUCAGCCCUCGUGCUUGCGCUCGCACUCGCGAUCCAGGUAAGACAGAACUCCUCAGCAGCCGGCGAACCUACGCAGACUUCUCCCUCCCGCAAUAUCCUAAGGCCCUCCCGAAGUUGGCGCCGACUUGGCCGCUGACCAUU